AUGCAACGAAUGAAUCAAACUGCAAACGAAUCGACCAAACAUAUUCGCGUAUCGACAGCAUCGACCUCGCCUUCUUCUUCAUUAUCAUCAUCCAGUCAGUUAGGAAAACAUUCACCACCACCGGAUCUUCUCUGGAUCAGUAAGCAGCAGCAACAGCAUCCAUUAACACAUGUACACCCGUUGAAAAAUACCGUCCGAGUCAAUGCGAAUGGUGUACGUUUUAAAUUUGACGGUAAACAAUGGCGAGCAUUAUGUGAAGCUUCUGAUGAUUACGAAUGCCGAAAUCUGGCAUUUCGUUCAUCUUUAUGUCAGAAGCACUUCUAUAAAGUACAUAAAUUCAAACGGCCAUACACAAAAUCGAAACCACAACUGUCAUUGAAGCAGCCAGUCAACCAUCCACACUAUCAUCCUUCAAAUGGAUACCAUAACUCCGAAAAUAAGGAAGAUUGUAUGUAUGAAGAAGAUAAUUCCAUUGAAAUGUUGGAUACAGAUGAAUUAAAACUGGCGAAAACGGAAAAUUACAACAAAGAACUAAGAAAUGCUUCUGAACUAGAAUUUACAUAUUUUUCAAUAAAUUGUGACUCUCAAUCUGAAUCCUAUGCUCACGAAUUACAACAAAUGAAAACUCAAUCGCAUCCAAAUGUAGAUCGAAUUAGUUCGAGAAAUGAUGAAUUUCUAAGACCAAAUAGUUCAGAUCCUUCAUCAUACAACAUUUCGAUACCAAAAAUAACCGAAUCGAUUCACUUAGGUUUACCACCAUUGACACGCACUGAAGAAAAAUCUUUAGCCAAUGAGCUUAUGAUUCAACUACCAGCAGAUGUAACACUAACAGUGGCUGAGCAAAUAGCACGUCAUCGUGCGAGUGAAAUCGUUAUGGAUAACUUUUCUCAUCAGUUAUCACCAAAAAAUAUAACAUGCGAAUGGUUCUAUGAUUUUCUUUUACGAAAUCCACGUUUGCCCAUACAUUUUCCAUCUUGGUUCUCUUCAGUGAAACCAGUCUUACCGGCAUCAGAUCAAAUUAUUGAUAUUAAAAUCUGGGAACUUGGAUUAAUAACAAGAUCGGUGUUAGGAAUAUCAUCAUCGUCACAUUCUACCAGUUCAUCAUCACCAUGA